AUGCUAUUCACAUGCACUGUUCACCAUUUGCGUUCACUUGGAAUUCGCUGCCUUGCAAAUAGUGCCGGUGAUUCACACACUCACUAUCCGAUUUCAACAGUAACCCGAAAAUCGAUUGAUGAGGUAUUGGAACCAUCACAGGCACCAACAAAGAUUAAAGUUUCAGAUGAAGUGCAAAAGCAAACAGUAGAUCUUUCUGGUGUACCUGUGGAUUUUUUACGCACUCGUCGAGUACGUAUAUAUCGACCAGCGCGUGAAGCAACUCAGUCAGGUUGGGCGAGAACCAGAACGUGGAAAAUUGAACUGGAUAAUCUGGAAAGAUGGGAGAAUUCACUGAUUGGUUGGUCUAGCACGGGUGACCCUUUAAGUAAUAUCUCAAUGGCUAUGGAUUUUGCAUCAAAGGAAGAUGCUGUUCGGUACUGUGAAACAAACAAUUUAAAUUAUGAAGUGAUCGAACCAAAUGAGCGAGUAAUUAAGCCAAAAAGUUAUGCAGAGAAUUUUUCAUGGAAUAAACGAACAAGAAUUACUAAUAAGUAA